GAGAGAGAGAGAGAGACAACCAUUCAAUCAGCGGGGUACGAUAUUUUUCCCUGACUGGCGCUUGCUCAUUAGGGGUCAAGGUUGUACACGAUUUUACAGGGAACAUGAUUUGGCGCUACAGCCGCGAUAGUAAACAAACGUCACCUGAGAGCUGCUUCCUAGUCCUUCAAAUCUCUAGGAGUGUGUUGCUGGAGAGAAGGGGCAGGUGAACGACUGUCAAGAUUGCAAUGUAUUAAGACAAUAAAACAAGACUGAUGUAAAAGGAACCUGGAACUUGACUAUGAUUGUAUUAGACCACCUAAGAAGAUCCUGCAGAAUGGAUGUGGACGUGAUCCCUCUCAGGAUCCCCAGUGACAAGGACCAUCAGGUUUCUGUGUCUGGCCUCUGGUGGGAUGGUACUCAGGAAGACCUGGAGCAAGAAAUAAGGAAGUUGUUUGCACAGUAUGGUCCCAUUCACCGAGUGACGGCCAGGAGAGAGGCCUGUGGAGCAGAAGGGGAUAAUGUGUGGUAUGGUUAUGUGGCAUAUUUCUCAGCUUUUGAUGCUGAAGAGGUCUUACGACAAAGUGGUAAGAUGAUAUUUGGUGGAAGGAGGAUAAGACUCAAGAAAAAGAAUAGAUUGAAUGGCUUUGAAAAUCAUGGACUUUCUCUUCAUAAGUCUCAAGAACUACUCAUGCAUUACUUUGGCUUCAACUGCUGGACCUCCGAGAUUGUUUAUCUUGAAAGGGAUGAUGAAGAACAAAAAGACUCGGUGCGAUACAUAUGUUUAGUACGGGUCAGAAUGCCAAAGGAAGGGCUAUGCAGCGAGGGUCUUGGCCUGGGUGAAGCACCAUGCACCACACAGUCCCCACAAGGCAGAGGACAGUCUGUAGCAUGUGCACGAAGGUUUGCUAUCAAUUCAGCAAUGAAAGCAGCAUUUGGAAAAUUUGUCAUUAUAAAGCUGAGAAAUGGCAAAGUGACGGUGGAGGUUGAUACAACGCAGACAGAUCUGCAGAUGUAUGAUCCAUUGUGGGACAGCACAGAGGUGGAGGUGAAUGACAUUGAUCAUGAUCCAGAGGAGGAGGACAGUGAUGAGGAGUUUGCAAUGCUUCAAGAUAUUGAUGAUGAAGAACUAGGAGCUCUACUUGACAUAACCAUCAGUAAAGAUGCUUAGUACAUCAUGGAGUGUGAAAACCAACACUUGUGGUACAAAAAUCCCGUUGUAGCUGAAGCAGCGAGGAGGGCUGGGUGGUGACUGGUGGAUGCUGUGCUAGUGAGAACAUGUCCAUCUUUCAGAUCUCGUCAGAUAAGAAAGGUAGUUACAACUUCACUUGUAUGUUGUCUAUAUUGUGUCAUAUCUGGAGGCAGGAGGCUACCUUUUGGUCCUCACCUCAGUCCUGUAAGCAACCUACAGUAUUGUAUAGUACUGCUGUUUCUUCAUGAUUACCUUAGGAACAGUUAAUAAUAAGGCUCUUGUUUUUAUCUUAACAUUUUAAACAUUAUUUUUAUACAAAUCUAACUUUUAUCAAUAUUUUUAGUGCAUGUAAGGUUUUUACGAAUGCAUAUUUUUGAAGUUUUCUCUCUAAAUAUUCUUGUGUAUAUCAUUAUAUAAGAUAUUUUAAGAAAGUGGCAUCUGUCCGGUUUAGCAUAAGUUAAAAUAUUUGUAAAGGUUAACAAUAACAAAACUACUAUAUAAAUUG